ACGAUGUCGUUUGCGGGCGCCGAGUGCGAGCGCUGAUCUGCGAUCGCCUUCUUCCUCGAUCUCGUGAUUCCGCGGGAGUUUUUCGACGAGAACGCCUGUCCUCGACGAUCAGACUUCCUGCUCGUUGACGUCAACCGACGCGAAGAAAGCUGACGUGUGACGUUCGCUCCCGGGAGCAGUUUGGCAGCAGAGGUCGGAGCACCUGGAUCGUGCUUUUUAUAUUCUGUUUGCAUUACACGCUUUGGGCUGUGUAUGCAUAAAUCGUGCGCUUCAACGGCUGACGUGAAAGACAACUCUGAUUGGCUGUGAGAAUUUGGUAAUCCCCGUACAAAGGUCAUCGCUUACUAAGUCUGGACGUUUCGACGCGAGCAGGUCACCGUCAUGCCAACAUCGGGCAAUCCUGCUCGGGUGUACGAACAUGACGUGCACCGGACAUCACAAACAAUAGCGCAUGGUGUCCCGACAGGCUUCAACAUGGACGACGGCUCUCAGGUGGGAGCACCCAAAAAAUAUUACAGGGCGCCACAGCACCGAAUCUUUGUCAACCGAAGUCUGCACUUGGAAAAAAUUAAAUUUUUCGGUUUCGACAUGGACUACACGUUGGCUCAGUACAAAUCGCCAGACUACGAGGCCUUUCAGUUCCAUCUGCUGGUAGACCAGCUCGUUGCCAUCGGGUACCCGUCGGAACUACGGCAGUUCGAAUACGAUCCGUCCUUCCCCAUUCGAGGCCUUUGGUUUGACACACAGUAUGGAAACCUGCUCAAAGUAGACCCGUAUGGAAAUAUACUGGUUUGCUGCCAUGGAUUUCAGUUUCUAAAAACUGGUGAAAUUUACAAACUGUAUCCAAACAAGUUCAUCAAAUUUGACGAGUCCCGGGUGUACGUGCUCAACACGCUGUUUAAUUUACCAGAGACGUACCUGCUAGCUUGCCUGGUGGACUUCUUUUGCACGUCAGCACAGUACAUACCAACAAAAACUGGCGUCAAAAUAGAAAACCUCUUCAUGUCUUUCAAGUCCAUCUUCCAAGACGUCAGACGGGCUGUUGACGCCAUUCAUACUUAUGGCCAACUGAAGACUGCGACCGUCAAUAACCUGGACAAGUACCUCGAGAAAGAUGAAAGGCUUCCAUUGGUUCUUGACAGGAUGCGGGCGCACGGCAAGAAGCUAUUUCUGCUCACCAACAGCGACUAUGCAUACACGACUAAAAUUAUGCAGUACCUGUUCGACUUCCCCAACACUAAAAAUAGGAGUUGGGACUCAUACUUUGACUUCAUAGUAGUUGAUGCCCUGAAGCCCCUUUUCUUUGGCGAAGGCACCAUUCUGAGACAAGUGGACACUAGCACGGGAGCACUGCGUAUAGGAACUCACAUCGGACCACUACAACCAGGGCAGGUCUAUUCAGGCGGAAGUUGCGACGUCUUUACCGAAUUUGUUGGUGCCAAGGGCAAAGAUGUACUGUACAUUGGCGACCACAUCUAUGGUGACAUUCUCAAGUCAAAGAAGACCCGAGGUUGGCGCACAUUCCUCAUGAUUCCAGAGCUGGCCCGAGAACUCCGUGUCAGCAUCUCAAAGUGGACGCUUUUUGAAAAGCUCCAAGAGCUCGACAUAUGCUUGGGUGACGUUUAUAGGAACUUGGACAGCAGUUCAACUGAUGUUCCAGAUAUGAGCACGUUACGUCAGUCCAUCAGGGAGACCUCGCACGAGCUCGACAUGUGCUACGGCAUCUUAGGCAGUCUGUUCCGCAGUGGCUCUAGGCAGACAUUCUUUGCGAACCAGAUCUGCAGAUAUGCCGAUAUCUAUGGCUACACGUUUGUGAACCUAAUGUACUACCCAUUCAGCUACAUGUUCCGGGCACCACCAAUGCUGAUGCCUCACGAGUCAACCGUGGACCAUGAACAGCAUCCUAACCUCCAAAUGAAUGGUGAUAAUCCAGAGACGAAAGUGGAGCCAACCACCGAACACGUGCUUCGCUUCUCCAAAAGCGAGCAAGGACAUCCGCCAUGUGUGGCCAAACAGCAAAUAACGGUGCCCCCUGCUCGAUUCCCCGAGACCCCCAGUACAAUCACGCACCACCACGACACUGAUGACGACGACGAAGAGGCAGAGAAGCAAGCAGAGGCUCAAAACUAGAGGCUUGAUGUGCCAAGGUUUUACUUGCUACCUCCAGACUGCUGACGCUUGGACCACCUGUUAAUAGAUGUAGUAAAAGUUUCUUCUUUAAAAGGCCU